GUUGUUCCUGAGGUGGGAGGCGGCACCCGUGGCUGAGGAGAAGGAGGCCUGAAAGCGACAUGUACCCGGCGGCUGAGGCGGAGCGGCCCGUGGUGCUGUGUCUCUGAGGCCGGGGCGGCCUGGCGGCCGACCGAGGACGAGGGUCGGCGGAGGCUGCCCGCUGUGGUGGCCGCCAUGCUGGGCCCCCGCGCGGUGGAGGGAGCCGCCGUGGCGCUCCUGCGACUGCUGCUGCUGCUGUUGCCGGCGCUCCGGGGUCCGGGGCUUGGCGUGGUCGGCUCCGCUGGGGCCGGGCUGCCCGAGAGCGUCAUUUGGGCCGUCAACGCGGGCGGCGAGGCGCAUGUGGACGUGCAUGGGAUCCACUUCCGCAAGGACCCUCUGGAAGGCCGGGUGGGCCGAGCCUCUGAUUAUGGCAUGAAACUGCCAAUCCUGCGUUCCAAUCCUGAAGAUCAGAUCCUGUAUCAAACCGAGCGGUACAAUGAGGAGACCUUUGGCUACGAGGUGCCCAUUAAGGAGGAGGGGGACUACGUGCUGGUGUUGAAAUUUGCUGAGGUCUAUUUUGCACAGUCUCAGCAGAAGGUAUUUGAUGUGCGAUUAAACGGCCAUGUCGUGGUGAAGGACUUGGAUAUCUUCGAUCGUGUUGGACACAGCACAGCUCAUGAUGAGAUCAUCCCUAUGAGCAUCAGAAAGGGGAAACUGAGUGUCCAGGGAGAGGUUUCCACUUUCACAGGGAAACUCUACAUUGAGUUUGUUAAGGGGUACUAUGACAAUCCCAAAGUCUGCGCACUCUACAUCUUGGCUGGGACGGUGGAUGAUGUACCAAAACUGCAGCCUCAUCCAGGAUUAGAGAAGAAAGAAGAGGAGGAGGAAGAAGAAGAAUAUGAUGAAGGAUCAAAUCUCAAAAGACAAACCAAUAAGAACCGGGUGCAGUCAGGCCCCCGAACGCCCAACCCGUACGCCUCGGACAACAGCAGCCUCAUGUUUCCCAUCUUGGUGGCCUUUGGAGUCUUCAUUCCAACCCUCUUCUGCCUCUGCCGGUUGUGAGAACAACUUACCAUCCUGAACAGGGUGGAGGGGUGUGGGGAAGAAACCAAACAUGUUGAUUUUGGUUUCUGUAUUUUUCACAAUAACAAACAACAAAAAACCAAACAAAAACACACACACAUACACACAAAUUAAAAAUGAGGCAGAGUGAGUAGAGAGCAGCCAUCAUCCACCACCUGGUCCCAGACCUGCUUCAGUCCUAAGUCCUUUCUCUGUGACUGACCCCAGCUGUCUCUUUCCUCCCUAGGGUGCCUAGGGUAAAAUGGAUCCUGCCUGUGCAAGGGUCCCUGUCUAUAUACCUAGUGGAAAGGACUCUGAACUCAGAGCAGACAACAGUUCCCUUUUUUGGGUUAGAAAUUAACAGCAGGGAAAUGUGACCUUAUUGCUGGAGAAGACCAGUGCUGGGAAUUCGGUAUGUUUUGAAAUUAAGUCUAGAUAAAUUUUCAAAUGUCCUGGGAUUGAGAGAUGGAGAUUUUGUGUGUCUGUGUGUGUGUCUGUGUGUGUGUGUGUCUGUGUGUGACUGUAAGAGAGGGAGAGAGAUUAUAAUUUGUAUGAUAAAGGUGAAAAUGGAGGGGGGAAUUAAAGAAAAAGAAAAAAUGGGUUGCUUCCUUACUUGGAAGCCUCUCUGAUUUUCAGCCCAUUGAUGUUUCUACCUUAAGUGUUUGAGCUUUGUCAUUGCUUGUCUCCCUGACAUGUACCAAUUAGAGGACUGUCUGGUAUCCAAGACGAUUACUUUAUGUCAGGUCCUCAAGUUGCCUCUUGUUACCACAACAAAUCAUUUUGAUUUCAGUGCCUGUUGGGGAUUUAAUUUCCUUUUUUAAAAAAAUUUCUUUAUUUGGCUCAUUUGAAAUCUCUUCUCUCUCAAUCAUCCCACUAAGUUAUUGCCGAGAAGGGAAGGAGACCCUUGGGUUCUCUCUUCUUGAAUGUCUUAUCCUUUACCACCUCACCUUAUUGGUACUCCCUCCCUGGAUCUCUGAGCCAGCCUCCAGGAAGACCUGACCCAGCAGUUCUUUUACUGGCCCCUUUAUAGGGUCUUGCUGCCAGGGGACAGAUGCUUUCCAGCCUGCAGCAACAGAACACUUGACCUUAAAAGUCUCUUCUGGUCUUUGGAUUAGAAAAGGCUAUGUUAGCAUAACUUAGGAACAACCUCAGAGACUUGAGCCCUACUAAGCGACUGACCACUAUUUAGAGUGUCUGGUAUCUGAUGUUCAUUUAUUAACAUCUUUUGUGUCAUGGUUCAGCCCGUUUUGGUUUAUGCCUAGAACUGUCCCCAAGGACCUAGACUGAUUGGCUAUAUCUUCUGGCCAAGUAAUAUGUCUCACUGGUCUCAAUAAGCCCCUCUGUUCUUUCAUUUUCCGAUUCAAGUAGCAGUCAGGUUCUUGGUAUGGUGGGCUGAAAGAUUUCCAGUCGGCCAUAAUCCUGCCAGUUCUGAAGGCAAUCUUAGCAUUUUAAGUGUCUGUCUUGAAUUCCCUGGAGACAUUUCUGCAGGAAAUGAAGGUUCCCUAUUUCUCUACUUUUUUUGGUUAUUGUCAACCAUUUCCCAGUUGGGGCAACAAUAAGGGAGGCCUCAAUCAAACUACAAGAAAUUCUGUGGAUGGAAGCCAGCAGGAUUAGCUUCACUUGGACUGGAACAACAUAGAAUCCCAGGCCAAGCCCAUCUUUUUAGAGUGUGUUCAAUUUUGCAUUGUUUGGAUAUGUUUCUAAAGAAUUUCAUGUAUUUGAACUGCUCUUUAUGUGACAAAGUAAGUAACCUUUGGGCUCAUAUCCUGGGUUUUCUCUUAACGAGUUAUUCCAGGCUAGCCUAAAUGUCCUUUGAGAGUCACAGUCCUUUAUUUUAGCUGCAACUUGAGUCUUGGUACGAGGGUAUUGAGUCAGGCAGCUGAACAGUUGUGCCCUCAGGCUACAACCAGAGGAUCACUUUCUGGGGUGCUUCACAAAGCUACCCUGCUUUAAUUGAUGGUCUCCUGUAGCCUUGGUCCUGGGGACCACCUGCCUAGGACCGUGGACACCAUGACUGUUACUUGGACAUCUGUCUGUGGCUUUGGUUCCCAUUCUAUCACAACUACCUGAAGUGUUAGUCCACUGCUAAUAAAAUAGAGAAGAUGAGGAAGGAAGACUUGCUUUUGCCUUAUUUGUUUUUUAGUUUGCUUGGGUCUCUGAGGAAGGAGGGGCUCCCACCUCCUCAUCUCAACACAUCCCUUCAGUGACUCAGAGUCUCAGGAGGAAACCCUGGCUCCUGGGGCCAUUUCCUAAUGGUACUGUAAGCCAAGCAGCUCUGCUUCUGCCUGUUUCCAAGCCCACCCUUCUUCCCUGAGCUUGGGUAGGGAUGGGCACUUUCCUCUUUGGAAGGAACACUCUUCUAUGGCUCACAAAAAACAAAGGGGAAGUGAGGAAACCGGAAGAGGUGUGAUGGGGGCUGGGGUAGAAUUAAGUCCCCUGGAGCCAAGCCCACCUAGUUCACAAGAGCUGCUCAGGGCUGGAUACAGCUGGCUGGUGAUGCUAAACUUGAAAGUUUUGGGGUUUUUUGGCUCCUCCAAGGUGAUAUAGGUACAUGAAGUUUAGGUUAGAGGGGUGGGAUGGGGCACUUUUUAUUUUUAUGUUGUGUCCAGAAUGACUGUUCAUCUUUUGCUUUUUGCACUGUUUCCAUAUCUACUCUGAGCUAGUGCCAGGACUGGGAGGCUGCACUGCAGGGAGACUGACUGGGUUUGGGCAGGUGGUGAGUGAUGCUACUUAGGGCUAGAGAGGGAGAGGCCUGGGUUCUGCUGGAUCCACACUCUGUCCUACACCUUUAGACCCCCCUGAACCCAGAUAGCCAAAACCAAGAGCUGGUGGCAAAGGUGAAACUCGCUUUUUCCUAGAAGCAUGACUGUGGCUGUUUUUUGGCAGACCAUGCAGAGGUUUUUGCUUAGGUGGGCUGAGUCUGCAGUCUAGCUCUGAUUUGGGUCAGGGGCCAGCCGACCUCUAAUCAGACCUCUUUGGGCUUUUUUACUCAUGUUGAUGGAAACAUUGUGCCUGGACCCAUGUCUCCUAAACCAGGCCUGUUUUUCUGAAAAAUCUCCACUGUCGAGUAGAAGCUGUUUAGUGGGUACUUUGAGUUCUGGUGACUUGAAUGAUGGUUUUCUUUGUGUCAGGGGCAUUAAGCUCCCAGGGGAUUUUAGGACCUGCAGGGUCACCGGUUGGUUUGAGAGGUGACUUUGUUCUCUUACUCCCACUGUUUGCCUGAAAGAUACUGGCCUAAAGUUAGGGGAUCACAUUAGAGGUCACUUAAGACUUUGAAGAGAUGGUGUGAAGUUGUGUUUAUCCUCCUCCUUUCUGUGCCUGGGAACUGUUUAAUCCAGUUUUAGAAUUGUGAUUUGACUUCUUGAUCAUUUUGGAGAAGCUUCUGUUUUAAGGAAUUUCUCUUUCUUAUCCUGCCUCUACCCUCCCCUGGAAGGCCUGGCCAUGGCUUCUAGAAUCUCAGUUGAACUUAAGAAAACAGCAGCAGUAUUUCUCCUUCCCUAGCACUUACAUUCCUUUCUCUAGAAAUUGGCUCACCUUGGGAAGCCCAGGGAAAGAAUCAGGAGGUUCUCGACCCUCCCUGGGGAUUGGGGAUUGGUAACAAUCCGCCCCGGUCAGCACAGUGCCUUUUCCUCUCCUGCUCUGAGCCAGGGUGGGCAUACCCUCUAGAUUCAGGUCUGGGCAGGGGUCUUACAGUCCCUGCCAUGGGGCUGCUUCCCCAUCCCUUCAUCCUUUCCCCUCUUCUGGCCAGCUCUGUCCUAAUUCAAGUGUCUUCUUGCCUCAAGAAACCUUAAUGGCAUCAAGUAGCAACAUGUAAUAGUGUCCUCUAUGCCUCUCUGAAAGGACCUAGGAGAGCAGCUGAGCUUUCCAAAGUGAGACCUAUAGAUCCUCCUGUUAGAGAAAAAAAAAGGUGGGGUGGGGAGGGGGGAGGGUAAAGGAGGAUAUCCUUUUGGCCUCCUGCUGUGGUCCCUGAGGAUGGAGUCAGGGGUGAGGCUAAUUUUGUGCACUGAAGCAGAACUAGAAACAGCAAGGAUCUGUUAAGAAAUUGCAGAUGAAAUCUGCUUCUCUUCUAUGGAAAGAUGUAAUUAGGGAUCAAAGUGCUCUGAGCAAAUUGCAAUGAAGCCUUAAUUUUCAAGCUUCAGAAAGAUCAGAGUAAUUUUUCCCUUUUAGUCCAAGCUAGGACUCUCCUGUACUUAGAUCUCUCCUUGGGCAAGAGGGCUAGAUUUCCUCAUUUUAUUACAAGACUAGAUUGCUAUCGGUGGGUCAGCUGCCCAGUGAGGAGGAUUUCUUCUCUGCAUGUGGUAGCUUGCUACCCAUCUGCUUUGUCUUUCCCCAGCUGCCUUUGGCUAGCCAUCUCUAGGUUGCCGAAUCAUUUUGAUAAGAACAUGAUUUGGGGAUUGGAUGGGUUGGCAGAAAAAGAGCAGGAUGGAUCUCUUGGGGUGGUUCCCCUAGAGAUAUAAAAUCAAGGAGCCAGGAUUGUGCUGGCAGCCAGGGAAACAGUUGGCAAAGAGGGCCCUGGCAUCUCUUGCUUCCAGGCAGUCUUGUGAGAUGGGGGCAUAUAGCACCAGGAAAAGCAGAACUCCAUUCUCACCUCUAUUUUGAGCUUCAGUGCUUUAUUUCAGUAUGAGGAAAAACAACAACAAACUGAAGUGUGCUUUCUGUCCUUUCAAAGGACAACUGUCGGGCAAGGAGAGCUGAGUUGCCAGGUGGGAGGAGAGAAUUGGCAGGGAGAGACGUCAUGGCAACACCAGGAAUGAGACGUUCUCGUCUACUCUUCCCUGUGUUCAUGAUCCAGGGAAUGAAAAGAAAUUUGACCCUGGAUUAAUUCCCUUAGAUUUUCCUUGUACCAAAUUCUACGCUAGGACUGUCUACCCAUUCAGAGCUCAGGACAGCCUCUGCGGUCAUUAUUGGCCUAACCUGGCUUGUCAGGAAACCUAAUUGCUCCUCCAGAUUGGAGCCGACUGCCCUGUUUUGUACCAAGUACUGGGGAAUAGUGUCAACUUCUUAAUAAUCCUGUAGCUCCUACUCUAGAUUGCCGUCCUUUCCCCACGGAGGCCAAACCAGCGGUAGCCACGAUGGCGUGCGGCACAGUGAGAUGUGACCGUGGGGCUUUGAACCUGGCUGGCCCGGGAAAGCGGUGGGGGUGGAUAGAGCUCUCUUUCCUUCUGGGCUGUCUCCACCUGUCCCUAUCCUUUCCACGCCCCACCCUACUCCCACCAAAAAGUAAAAAAAUCAGGAUGUUUUUCACUGUCCAUUGCUUUGUGUUUUAAUAAACAAUUUGCAGUGACA